GGAAAGGACCAUAUGGGGGAUAGCAACACGACCGAGGUGAACGAGUUCAUCUUGCUUGGGAUUUCCGAUAACCCCAGGGCUCAGAUGGUGAUGUUUGUGGUUUUUCUCAUCUUCUACCUCCUCACACUAUUCGGUAACAGCCUUCUCAUUGCCCUAAUCAUUCUGAGUCCCCUUCUUCACACACCAAUGUAUUUCUUUCUUUGCAACCUAUCCUUCUUGGACAUGUUCUACACCACCUGCAGCAUUCCUCAGAUGCUGAUUAACUGUUUCUUCCGCCGACCCACCAUAUCCUAUACCCGAUGCAUAAUUGGGAUGUAUGUCGGUCUCCUUCUCGGCAUAGCAGAGUGUUUCUUGCUGGCUGUCAUGGCGUAUGACCGCUUUACCGCCGUAUGCAACCCUUUGCAUUACACUGUCAUAAUGAGUUGGAAAGUGUGUAUCCAGUUGGCCGCCUUGACUUGGGGCAGUGCCAUUGUGAUGACUCUGAUCCCUCGGCUGCUUCAACCCACUCAGUUUUGUGGCCACAACAUCAUCAACCACUUCACUUGUGAGCUACAGGUGUUCCUCAAGCUGGCUUGCUCAGAUACACAUGUGGCUGAUAUUGUCAUCAUGACCAACAGCUUUAUUGUCCUUGUUGUGCCCUUCAGUUUCAUCUUGGUGAGCUAUGGGCGCAUUGCCCAGGCUGUGAUGCGCAUGCACUCAGCCAAGGGACGAGGCAAGGCUUUUUCAACCUGUGGGUCCCAUCUGGUGGUGGUCAGCAUCUUCUAUGGAUCAGCCCUCUCCAUGUACUUGCGGCCUCAAGGCAAAACCAUCUCUGACCUUGACAAAAUUGUCUACCUGGUUUAUGGAGUGGUGACCCCAAUGCUCAACCCUUUGAUUUACAGCCUUAGAAAUAAAGAUGUGAAAGGAGCCUUUUGGAGAGUGCUUGGGAAGAAAAUGCCUGAAUGA